CGCGUGUGGAAGGCGUUUUGCUUUCCGCGUGUGCUCGCGAGUGGUGGGAGCCUCAAAUGUCUGGCUGUGGGUUUUGCGGAACGAUGAGAUCUCUUCAGUACUGAGACGGUCGAGCAACAAGCUACACACGCAAAGUCUCUCCAAAGCCCGCGCAAUCGAAUGAAAUUCCCACAUCAACUUCUUUUAUUUCCAUUUCUCUUCUUCAGUCGUGAUUAGAAUUAACACUGAUAAGGGAUAAGGUGUGUGGUAGAAUCUACUAUUCCGUAGGUGAUUCUCAUGUGAAACCUCAGAGAUUCAACAUUUUUGAUUUUCUGUGUAUCUUGUGAUACGUGAACCAAAGUGCAGAGUGACUAAAAAUAAUAUAUGUAUACCGCUAUUUUCUUCUUAUUGCAAGGAAAAAUAACUCCUCAUGCUCUAACACUAACAAUGCCAUUAGUGUGGCUAAAUUUAAUAAAAGUCACCACUUACAAUUUCCAAGAAAAACCACAGCGCUAAAUGCGCUCAAACGGAAAGAUCUUAUUGACGAAAAGAUCCCUGAAGACAGCCGUGUGUAUAUUUACUUGGAAUUUGCGCUCCAGAAUUACCAUAUUCUACAUCACUGCUACAUCUACACAGCACAUCGUGCACUCUGAGAAUUAUUUUUCAGGCACGUCUUGUGUGCGAAUAUCACGGAUCAGACACCGCCAAAGAUGGUCAUUUUUCAAUUGGCCUCGGUUGGCCGGCAUGGAAAGGAGAGCCAACGGUCAAAAGCAAUUUUGAGUGUCUAAUAUGUGAAUUUAUCGAUCGAUAAGAGACGCAACAGACUCGCAAAAAAACCCCAUCAAUCAACCCAAAUUUUGCUUUAAAACUUACAUGUGUAAAAAAGUGCUCUUUUAAACCCAUAUGCAAUAAAUUUGCGAUGAAUGUUGAUCCGACGCCAUUGGUGCGAUGUGCAACAUUAAUUUGCAAUUGUGCGGCGCUCAAUUAACGCCCACAGAUGUGAUUCAGUGAGAGCCACACGAAGUCAUAAUAUGUUAAUUCUUUGGUGGAUUUGAGUGAUAAGGUGACAAGCGUGGCCAACGAUUAGUACACAGACAAAAACCAUAAUGGAUAGGAUUAUCUCGAAGAUAGUCCUUUUGAUUCUUCUUCUUCCUCACUUUGCAACACCCAGAAAAGACAAUCAGACAUCUAACAUUCAAUCUGAACGUUUGAAUUUUCACGAAAACGUCACCAAUGAAUCAGAUCCGGCACUUCCACAACAUUAUGCAGAUGAUGAUCCAACAAACAACCAAAAUGAUCUUCGUGAUCUCCAUCGCGAAGGUGUGAGACUACCUGGGCUAUCGCGACGUUGGAGUCACCGGAGGCGUUUGGGUGGUGGAGACUUCUCACCAUGGUCCACGUGGUCACAAUGUGACAAAUAUUGCCGGCAGAAACGCGAACGUUUCUGCUUAGUUCGCAGAAAAUGCAGAGAUACGCGGCAUUAUGAGGAGCGACAAUGCCGCAAAUGUUCAUCCCGCAAUAGUCAGCAGCUACCAAUUGCAGACGAAAGCGACUAUUUUGCAAUUGAUAGUGAAGUAAUCCCGAAGAAGGAACUUCUUGUGAAAAUUGUGAAAAGAAAACGAGAUCACAAAAAAUCACGACGCCACGGUCGAAAGGGGAAUAGCACAGAGAUUGGGGAAAUUCUCUGGAAUAGUCAUGAUCACCCUCGAUCUUCAGCGAGUCAAGGACUUAUGAAGCGGCUGGGGGAUAUUGUGGAUGAAUAUGAUGACGAAGACGAUGAUGUGCUGCUGAAGAAAAUCGUGACACGUGGUCGUGAGAAAACUGUGAUUAACAUGCCCACGGGUCGAUACCGUCGGGUGUACUCAAAGUGGAGCAAGUGGAGCAAAUGUACCGCCAAAUGCACCACGAGACGCUUUAAAAGGUGCCGCAUCCCAGAGAUAUGCGGCCAUGAAGUAUUGAGGGAAGUGGCGUACUGCUACACUGAGGGGAGCUUCUGCCAGGAAUGGAUUUCUUCCCAAAUGCACACUCCAGCGAGACCUCCAGCACGAUCAGCUGCUCUAGCUUUGGAUCCUUUCUUCACGUCCAGGCGAGAUCUCAAUGCAGUCUCGGUCAGUCCGUUAACGCCAACUGAGGAAUAUCCUGAAUUCAGACCACAAAAUCUUAAAUGUGGCAUUCCUGCAAUUAGACCACGAAAGGAUUACUGGCGUAUGCUGAAAAUCAUUGGAGGACGAACCGCUAGAAGAGGACAGUGGCCAUGGCAGGUAGCCAUCUUCAAUAGAUUCAAGGAAGCUUUCUGUGGUGGCACACUGAUCUCACCCAUGUGGAUUAUCACAGCAGCUCAUUGCGUCAGAAAGCGACUCUACGUACGCCUCGGAGAGCAUAAUUUAGAAGUCAAGGAUGGAACUGAAGUGGAAUAUCGCGUGGAGUACGCCAUUAAGCAUCCAAAGUACGAUAAGAAAACCGUUGACAACGACGUGGCCAUGCUGAAGCUUCCACGAGAGAUGAUCCAAUCUGCCUUUAUUGGCUUUGUUUGCCUCCCUGAGAAGCAUCAACUUCUUCCUGUGGGUGCUCAGUGCACAAUUAUAGGGUGGGGUAAGAGGAGAGAUCAAGAUGAUGCUGGAACGAAUGUACUUCAUGAAGCUGAGGUUCCAAUAAUAACGAAUGAAGAGUGUAAAAAUGUCUACUACGACUACACAAUUACAAAGAAUAUGUUCUGUGCAGGACACAAAAAAGGACGAAUAGAUUCUUGCUCAGGAGACAGCGGUGGACCAAUCCUUUGCAGAGACUACACGAAACCCAACAACCCGUGGACCAUCUAUGGUAUUACCAGCUUUGGCGAUGGGUGUGGAAAAAGGAAUAAAUUUGGGAUUUACACUAAAAUUCUCAACUACGUGGACUGGAUUUGGUCUGUUGUGAACUGCAAUGGUGUCUGCAAGUACCACAAUGCCGCGGAAACGAGAUUCUAAGCAGAUUUCUCCUGGCAACAUUUAUUGCAUUUAUCAAAUCACCGCUUUUCAUAAAUUCGUGUCAUUUUUGUACAUAAUAUACAUUUUUUGUCUAGAAAAGAAUUUUAUUUUUUGCUCAUUUUUACUCAAUCUUUCAUCAAUUUUGCAUGCUCAGCACUGAUUUUUAGUGAUGGACCAAUGAUUGAGCAAUUGUUGUCUAUCAAAAAGAUUGAUCAAGAAUUCAUCAUUUAUGCACAUCUAAAUUGACUCAAUGUUGAGCAAAUUUUGUUUGCUGGGAUUAAUAGGAAAAAAUGCAUUUUUUACAACUGCGAGAAAAUUAAAUUGUUUUAUCUUUAA